AAGUGUCAUUGAUAAGCAGUUUGGAUAACUGGACUGGACCACUCUGGAUUUUAGAGUGUAGUUUGUGACCACAUAAAAAUAAAAUGUUUUCGAAAAGGGUGGUCCCGAUUUUGGUGAUUGUGUCGUUAGCCGUGGUGGCCGUUCGGGGACAAUGGGAAGCGCACUUUACGGGUGGGAGGACAUCGAUCGUGCAUCUUUUUGAAUGGAAGUGGAAUAAUAUUGCGGAUGAGUGUGAACGAUUCCUGGGGCCGUAUGGAUAUGGUGGAGUUCAGGUUUCUCCCCCGGGUGAAAAUGCGGUUAUCAAUGACCCCUUCCGCCCAUGGUGGGAGCGUUAUCAGCCCGUCUCUUACAAAUUAGAUACUCGAUCAGGCUCGGAAGCAGAGUUUGCCUCGAUGGUUCGUCGAUGUAACACGGUCGGUGUUCGUAUCUACGUUGACGCCGUGAUUAAUCACAUGACUGGUUCGGGAAGCGUUGGCACCGGGACGGGAGGAAGUCCGUACAACGGAGGAACGAAGGAAUACCCGGGUGUACCAUUCGGACCGCUGGAUUUUAACAGUUAUCCAAACGAAUGUCCAAAUCCGUCAGGAUCAAUCGAUAACUAUAACAAUCCAAUCGAGGUCAGAAAUUGUGAGCUUGUUGGUCUCCGAGACUUGAAAAUGGGGACGGAUUACGUGCGCGGAAUGCUUAUCGGCUAUCUCAAUAAAUUAAUUGGUUACGGUGUGGCUGGCUUCAGGGUGGACGCGAGCAAGCACAUGUGGCCUGGCGAUAUGCAAGCCAUCUUUUCUCAACUAAACAACCUGCCAACGGACCACGGUUUUCCUGCCAACGCUAGAGCUUUCCUCUUCCAGGAAGUGAUCGACCUGGGGGGCGAGGCGAUCAGUGGGGACGAAUAUUUUGGCCUUGGUCGAGUUACUGAGUUUAAAUAUGGAAAAUUCUUGGGAGAAGCAUUCCGUGGAUUGAACCAGCUCAAAUGGCUCAUCAAUUGGGGUGAAGGAUGGGGCAUGUAUCCGAACAGUAAUGCCCUCGUCUUCAUAGAUAACCACGAUAACCAGCGAGGUCAUGGCGCUGGUGGCGAAAACAUUUUAACUUAUCGAGUAUCCCGUCUGUAUAAAAUGGCUGUCGCCUUCAUGUUGGCCCAUCCCUAUGGGAUUACAAGGGUUAUGUCGUCCUAUGACUGGUCACCCUUCGAGAAUGACUGGAUUGGACCACCAAAUACGAACGGAAAUAUUGACGAUGUCCCAAUCAAUGCUGAUUUGACGUGCGGUGGUGGCUGGGUCUGUGAACAUCGUUGGCGUCAAAUCUACAACAUGGUCAAGUUCCGUAACGUCGUGGCCGGAACUGGGGUGAACGAUUGGGUGGACAACGGGAACAAUCAGAUCGCCUUUUGUCGUGGAGAUCGAGGAUUCAUUGCGAUUAAUAAUGACAACUCGCCACUCAUUUUGAGCCUUCAGACGUGUCUCUCCCCCGGUCAAUAUUGUGACGUAAUUUCCGGAAACGUGGAAGGUGGGAGGUGCACGGGUAAAACGAUUACAGUCGGAAGUAACGGGAUGGCAGAUAUCAACAUCAACAAUAGCGAUCCAGAUCCAAUGGUUGCGAUUCAUGCGGAAUCCAAGCUUUAAGGAAAUUCUGGAAACCAUUGAUUGGAUUUUGACAAGGAUUAAAUAAUUGGAAUUUUAAGAUUACAAAAUUGUGUAAACGUUAUUUGUAUUUAUGUAUAAGAAUAAAAUUAAUAUCGAUCCUUA